UUUGCUGUCUGGUUUUGUGGUGGGGGAGCGCGUGGUCGCCCGGGCUGGCGGACGGAUCUCCUUCCCCUCUCCGUCUCCCUCUGGCUUGCCCGCAGCGGAGGGAUACGCGGCCGGUUUGAGCUGGAUGUCGGUGGCGGUGUCGGGCAGCGGCGGGACGGGCGAGACGGGCCCCGGAGUGGCGCCUCCUUUACGCCAGGGAACGGUGUCUGACUGACUUGAUUUCCCCCCGCUCCCCACCACCACGCACCCUCCCCCAUCGCGUUUCUUUGUCUCUCUCCGACCUCAGCCAGAGCGUUUCUGUGAAGAAGGAUGUCAGUCGGGUGAAGUGUGAUUUUCUUGGCGUUUCGAGUCGGGGGGUGGGGAGGGAGGAGGCGAUGGCGGCGGGUCCGCGGAUGGAACUGGUCGGCAAGCGGUUUGUGUGCGUGGGUGACAACGGCAGUGAGUUGGACGUGUCGAGAAUCCAUGAAUGGGAAUGGCGAGCCGGGGUGAUCAGGGCCGUCUCUUACAAAGAGACCUCCAACAGUGAACUGUCGGCUUAUGUGGAAUUUGAUGAUCUAGAAUGGGAAAAACGUGAAUGGGUUAAAGUCUACGAGGACUUCCAGAUUUUCUUGGUAGAGCACCAGCUGGUCUGGGCUAAAAGAAACAACCCCAGCCAGUCUCAGGGAUCAAAAAAUAAGCAGAUUGAGUGGCCUGCUUUGACGUUCAAGUCCGUAGUGGGAAAGCCUGUGCUUCAUUUAUUAAUUGCAAUCGAAUUCUUCGUGGAUAAACAACUGAAUUUUAUACCUGGGGAUAGUGCUUUCCAAGUCUACCAGGAUGAUAUAGACAGUCUGAGCCCUGUUCUCAGAGACAACCCCCCGCUUCAUGAAGAAGUGAAAGCCUGGGUUAAAGAACAAAAAGUUCAGGAAAUUUUUAUGCAAGGUCCCUAUUCAUUGAAUGGCUAUAGAGUGCGAGUAUACAGACAAGAUUCUGCCACCCAGUGGUUCACUGGUAUCAUUACUUACCACGAUCUUUUAAGUCGCACUAUGAUCGUGAUGAAUGAUCAGGUGCUAGAACCUCAGAAUGUCGAUCCUUCUAUGGUACAAAUGACUUUUUUGGAUGAUGUUGUUCAUUCUCUGCUGAAAGGUGAAAACAUAGGCAUCACAUCAAGACGAAGGUCUCGCUCUAAUCAAAACAGUUCAGUUCAUGGUCAUUAUACACGUGCUCAAGCCAAUAGUCCACGAUUAGUGAUGAGCUCCCAGAAUAAUUCUGGGAAGCAGAAUCAACAACAACGAAUCAUCCGCUCAAAUAAAAGGAAAGAAUCUGAUUUCAGUAUACUGGAAGAAGAUAAGACAGAAGAUAAACAUGAAAAUUCUGUAAAAGAAGAGUCUUCUAAGUGCAAAAGAAAGCAUUUGGUUAAUAAAAGGAGGAAGCCAUCAGAAGAUGAAAAUCAAGUCACUUCAGAAGGACUGAAAACAAAUAAUAACUCGGACACAGAGAGCAGUGAAUCUGAAAAUUCUGUUAACAAAGUUAUCUUAGAUUCUUCCUCUGAGCAGUGUUCAGAAAAUGAACUGACAAACAAGAUAAUCUUGGAUAACAAUAGAGAUGAAAAUAUCUUUCAGAACAAUACAGAAAUGGGGGAAAAGAUGAUAAUUGAUAACUCUUACUGUGAUAAGAUGCAAGAAGUUAAAAAGGACAUUGAAACUCGGAGGCCUGAACUAGUUAAUAUGAAUAUCCAUAAACCAGAAAUUGAUUGCCAACAGAGUAUAACAUCACAAGAAGUAGCUAGUGGUUGUGUUAGUGUAGAAGUAAAAACCGUCAACGAAUCUGUGGAACCAUCGCUAGAAAGGGUGUUACACUUACCUGUACAGAAACCUACACUUGGUUUCAGUAAUGGAACUUCAUCUGAAAAUGUGCUUCAUGAAGCUGGUGAUAUCUGUUCUCUCAGUCUUGUAUCUCAGAAAAUGGAAAUCAAUACUGUGAAUUCAACACAUUCUGUUUCAAAAGAGCAUGUAUCAAAUAUUCAAAAAUCUGAGGUAGAUUUAGAUCUGAACAACAGAAUGAACAGAAAAUUCAAAUCUCAAGUUAAUGAAUUCUCUGUUGUUACUGAACGCAACAAUAAUUUGGGAAAAAAAAACACAUUGAAUGCUUCAGGACCACAAUUCAACGUUUCUGUUCAUGCUACCAACAAAAUCAGUAAACCAAUUAAAGUGACCACUUCAUCUGAAAUGCUGAAGCUGGAAGUUUCUUAUCCUCGCAUCAUAGCUGAUUCUGUUUCCAGAUCAACAUCAAGGUGCAGAAAUGAGUCAUCAACUUUCCAGCCUUUUCCUGCAAGAACAUUUGUGGAAACUACAAGAAGCCCUUUAAUUAUUGAUAAAAAUGAGCAUUUUACUGUAUACAGGGAUCCUGCUUUGGUUGGGCCUGAGCCAGGAACAAAAUCUUUGUCGCUGUAUUUGCAACCGCAUCUUCAUCCCCUUCACACUUCAGCACAUUCAACUUGUUUGACCACAAAUUGUUCUAAUUUAUCUGUAAGAGUUUCAUCACAAGAUUGUGCAAGAUCUGCACAGACUUGUGCUUCUAAUGAUGCUCGGGCUGUCAGAACUGUGCUUUCCCACUCACUUCACUCUUCUCACCUCCUUCCUGGAGUACUACCAGGAGUUCCAUCUCCAUCUUUGGUGUGUGGACAUUUAGAUUCUGUGCAUGCAAGAAAUUUGAGCCCUUUAAGACUGACACAAUGCCAGCAACCGUUUUUGCAGCCACACUCAUCUCAGCUCGUUGGCCGGACUUGCCCAUCUGUUCCUUAUAAUCAGCUUGGAGUCUAUCCUGUUAUCUGGCAGUAUUCAAAUGGUACAACUCUGUCUUCGGCUCUAAGUAUGGCCUCGUCUAAGUGGAUUCACCCUGAAAACUCAGUGAGUGCUGAAGCUUUUCAGAGGAAUGCAUCCAGUCCUUGGCUACCUCAGCACACCGCUGAUGAUCUGGGGUUACUAAACCACAUUCCUGUUCGUCCUGCUAGUGCUGAACCUCAUCGACCCUUGAAACUGGCCUCGUGUUCUAGUCCACCUUUGUCUAAGCCAACUGAAAAUCAUCAAAAAGAAAAAAUUGACAAGAAAACUUUACUAGAAUGGAAUGAAUCGGUUACUUCUGCUCAAAUGAAACUUAAACUUAAUCAUGAUGGCCCUUCACAAGGAAUGGAAAACCAGCGGGCCCAAGGAUUUACGAACACAGUGCUUUGUCAGAGUAAGCCAAAAAGAUCAACGCAGGAACAAUGUGACAGUCACAAUAAAUACAAAGAGGAAAGUCGUAGGAUUCUACAGGAAAGUAUUGAAGUAGCUCGUCUUGCUUCCACAAUCAAAACAAAUAAAUCUGCUAAAGAUGAAAGUUCUAGAAUGAUACCUUUGCCUAAUGAAAGCCUAAAACCCCAGAACGUAAAACAGGAUAGUGAAACUAAGUAUUAUGCAAUUCAACUUCAUACAGCAAAGAACUCAGUACCUCAUUCUGUCCCCCAAAGCAACUACUUUACUACUUUGUCAAACAGUAUUAUAAAUGAGCCACCUCAGUUAUAUCUUCCUAAAGAUGCAUAUAGUGAGAAAACAAAUUCUUCAUCUGCUCUCCCUUCCUAUAAUAAGGCUCUUUCCAAACCUCCUCCACUUAUUAAGAAUCAACCUAAGGGCGAGGGAACAGUUGCCAAAUCUACAGGGCAGUUUUCCCAUCAAGUAACUUCUCAAAGUCAUGACUCAAAUGCUUCUGAUCACAGGGGAAUUACAGAGAAGUUGCCAGUUUCAUCAUCAGUUGUUAGGAGAGGUAUGCCAUCUCUCCAUAGAGCUCCUGUUCACCAACAUACAUCUCAUCAAGUUGCAGACCGAAAAGAAGGUAGUAGUCGCAGUCUCUCCCCACCAACCUUAACUCCAGUGCUGCCUGUCAAUGCUGCUAAGCUUUCUGAAUCGCAGAAACCUCCUACUUUGCUGCCGGAGCCAAGGCCUGAAGUAAAAUCUUCUAUGAAUAAUCAUACAGUCAAGUCUGCUAACAGUUGGAGCACUAAUGCAGGGUUUCUUUGUAAACCUGUUUGCCAUUUGGACAAUAAAAAAAGUGAAAUAUUGCAAAUGUCCCCAACAUCUGUUAUUGUAAGACCACCUUCCAUAGUUAAGCAAGAAAGUAAAGCAGAAGUUCAGUGUAUUGCAAAGGAUUCAGAAAAGGAACGGGUGUUAAUACAAUCAAAUUUCUUUAAUUCAAAAGUCAAAAAAAUGUGUACAGUAAUUUUGCCUAACAUGAAGACAGAUACAACAAGUAUGGAACAUGAAAGAAACUUUAAAGCUUUCCAUCCAGGCAACAAUUCAGACUUCAGUGCUGUUACCAAUUCUGUAUACAAUAACAAUCCUGACCCUUCAACUUCUCAAGCUAUAACAACUAACAUUUUGAGUGCCAAAGAAACAAAUAUAACUUCAGGCCAGUUGCGCACCUUUAUCAAUAACAGUGUAGCAGAAUCUUCAGAUCAUUUAAGAAUACAAAUAGAGGAAUGCACAAUUGAUAAAAUAUCUGAUAAAGUUUCCUCAGCAGAUGUGGCAGGAACAGGAGCCACUGUGCAAGGUGACACAGGAAUCCCAAAUGCAACUGAUUACUACCAUCUGAAGAAACACAAAGCUGCACUGGCUAUGGCCCAUUCUGGAAGUUCUCUUCCUCAUAACAAUGAGUCUGCAAGUCUCAAAAGUGAUAACAGUUCAGCAUCUCUACUUCCCAAAAAUACUGGAACAAUCGGUGUAUUUUGUAAAGUAAAUUCUGUCACCAAUGGCCAGAUUUCUCAAUCCAGUCAACCCAGUUUUCACACAAAAUUGAAAAAAGCUUGGUUAACUAGACAUUCGGAAGAAGACAAAAACACAUGUAAAAUUGAAAAUAGAGAAACUACGGGGAGCGAGGCAAAGGAGCCAAUUACAAUUAGUUCAUCAGCUUCCACAACAGAUGAUGUGGACAAGAAAGCUCACUCUGGUGGAGUGAAAACUGAGCAGGAUGAAAAAAAAACAAGAGGAACGAAAAGAACUUAUGAAUCUGGCUCUGAAAGCGAUGUAUCAGAUGAAGGUGAAAGUAAAUUGGAGCAUAGGGUCAAGCGUCAACCCAAGCCAACCUAUAAAAAGAGGCAAAAUGAUCUGCAAAGGCGAAAAACUGAAACAGAGAGGGAGGAGGUGGAAAUGAAACCCAAUGGUACUUUAUAUAAGAAUGCAAAGGAAAAGAAAAGUAAACUUCAGAGCAAUGGUUUACCACGUUCUGUCUUGAAAGACUGGAGAAAAGUUAAAAAGCUUAAGCAGACUGGAGAACCUUUCCUGCAAGACGACUCGUGCUCUGAAAUAGCCCCAAAUCUACAGAAGUGUAGGGAAUGUCGCAUGAUUCGUUAUCGGAAAAACGAGGAGUUCAGCCAGUCAGCUGUAUUCUGCAGAUUCUAUUACUUCCGCCGACUGGCAUUCAGUAAGAAUGCUGUACUAAGGACUGAUGGGUUUUCAACUCCAGACCAGUAUGAUGAUGAAGCAAUAAACUUGUGGCUGCCAAAAUACUCUGCAGAUCUGAAUUUGGACACAGAAUCUUCCAAGUACAUAUUGAGAAAUAUUGGAGAUACAUUUUGUCAAAUAGAGACAUCUGAGAAGACCGCUAUGACAUGGUUGAAACCAGAUGCCAAAUUAGCCUGGAAGAGAGCCGUAAAAGGAGUUCAGGAAAUGUGUGAUGCAUGUGAAGCCACAUUGUUUAAUGUCCAUUGGGUUUGCCAGAAAUGUGGAUUUGUGGUCUGUUUGGACUGUUAUGAAGCAAAGGAAAGAAAAGGUUCCAAAGCUGUUAAAGAAAUUUAUGUCUGGCUGAAGUGUGUCAAAGGUCAAGUUCAUGAUCCAAAAAGCCUGAUGCCAACACAGAUUAUUCCUGGCUCUGUUUUGACAGAUAUUGGAGAAUUACUGCAUUCUAUCAAUGACAGCUGGAAAAUUGCUGGAAGUUAUCCCUGCAGGGAGCAAAAUUUGCAGACUUCCAAACUCUCUACAACUAACGGAGUUUUGCAGUGUGUCCUAAAUCGCAGUGCAAUCAAGUCAGUGGCUAAGCAAUGUUCUGCAACAGAGAACUUGGAGACCGACAUCACUUUAAAAAGCUGUAGUGGAGACAUCACUGUGGACAAAAACAAAGAAUCGCUUGUAUCCAAGGUAGUGAAAGUAGAAUUAAACCAAAUUCACAAAACGGAGAACCAUAAAACUGCUGCUGUCGGCAAUGACCAGGGGUCAACCCUGCGGGAUUUACUUACUACAACAGCUGGCAAAUUGCGUUUAGGUUCAACUGAUGCUGGUAUUGCCUUUGCCCCAGUGUUUUCUGCAGAAACACCUACUGUCAGAGGUGCAAGAAGCAUGCCAAAUCUCUUGGAUGACAUAAUCGCAUCAGUUGUUGAAAAUAAAAUCCCAGCAAGUAAAACAGAGAAGUCACAUGGGAAAGAAGAAACAAACCAAAAUUUUCAAAAAGAAAUUAAAAGCCUAAGUUUAGACUCCAUCAGCAAAAAUCCUUCAGAAGUACCAUAUUCCUGGCUUUGUGAGGGAAAUGUAUUGUGGCUUCAUGAUCCUGGACACCCCAGCAAUUGUAAGAUAUUCAGAGAAUGCUGGCGACAAGAACAGCCUGUUCUUGUGUCUGGCGUGCACAAGAAACUAAAUUCUAACCUUUGGAAAUCUGAAAGCUUUAAUAAGGAAUUUGCUGACCAGAAAGCUGAUCUAAUUAACUGCAAGGAUGGCAGUAUAAUAUCCAGUGUAAAAAUGCAAAACUUUUGGGAUGGUUUUGAAGAUAUAACUAAACGGUUAAAGUCCAAGAGUGGGGAGUCUUUGUUACUGAAGCUCAAUGAUUGGCCUUCUGGUGAAGAUUUCAAAAACAUGAUGCCUUCUAGAUAUGAUGACUUUAUGAAAAAUUUACCACUGCCACAGUAUUGUAAUCCUGAAGGAAGUUUAAAUCUGGCAUCUCGACUACCAAGUUUCUUUAUCCAGCCAGAUUUGGGGCCGAAACUGUGUGGUGUUUAUGGACGGGCCACAGUGGAUGAACAUGGAACUACUAACCUCCAUCUAGAUGUUGCUGAUGUAGUCAAUGUCCUUGUCUAUACUGGAGUACCAGAAGAGAAUGGAAACAAUCACGGAGCAGCUAUCUUGAAACAAACUGAAGAAGAAAUUGAUGAAAACACAAAGAGUAGAUUGAAGAACAUUGAUGAGAUUCCAGGUGCCUUGUGGCAUAUCUUUUCAUCCAAAGAUACAAACAAAAUAAGGGAGUUUCUGCAAAAGGUUAAUGAGGAAUUGGGUCAGGAAUCUUCUGAACAUGAUCCACUCCAUGAUCAAGUCUGUUACCUGGACAAGAAACUACGCCAGAGACUCUAUAAAGAAUGUGGAAUACAGUGCAGGUCCAUCUUGCAGUUCUUGGGUGAUACACUCUUAAUACCGGCUGGGACACUGCGUCAGAUGCAGAGUAUUUAUAGUUGCAUUCAAGUUUCUGAAGACUUUGUGUCACCUGAACAUAUACAACACGCUUUUCAUCUGACACAUGAGCUAAGACACCAGUCAAGAGAUGAGAUAAACUAUGAGGAUAAACUACAGGCAGUCCCCGAGUUACGGAUGUCCGACUUGCGAACAGAGGAAGGAGAAUGCCGUCCGCCAUUUUAAGUCGGAUCGUGACGCCAUCCGCCAUUUUAAGUUGUUGCCAUUGACACUGUGUUGAUUGUCUAACUUUGUAUUUGGCUUAAAUUUUUCUUAGUAAGAUUCACCCUGGUUCCUGCCCCCCCCCCCCCCCCCCCCAUUCUGGUCUGCUGGUGGCGCAGUGAGAUCAGCGCCGGGUUGGAGAAUGGAGUUUCCCGAGUUCGAUCCAGUGAUAGACUGCUCCCGUGCCGGGUUGAUGUUGAUCCGGUGACUCCCGUACCAUCCGUGCUGUGUUGAUAUCGAGCUCGCAACUCGACCUUGUAAAAAAAACACUGCCACCUCCAGUUUUAAUUCCCACGUGGGGUAUUGUAGAUGAUCAAGUACCCAAACCCAGCACAGUCCCCACUUGUCCCAUUUGGCCUGUCUCAAUGCGGUGGUCCUUACGACCCAGCGGACCUCGGGAGCCAGCAAAGCUGGGGACCCGCCACCUGCAGUGUUUCUGUUCCAUUGACGGGAAGUGUUCACGAUUGAAAAUAAAGUGGAAAUAAUAAAGCAUUUGGAAAGAGGUGAAAUGCCAUCGGUCAUUGGAAAAGCAUUAGGCUACGAUCGGUCAACGAUGGGAACAAUUUUAAAGGAUAACGGAUAAAGUGAGAAUAAUGGAGCAUGUGAAAGGUGCUGCCCUAUUGAAAGUUACAAUUAUUACUAAGUAACGCAGUGGUUUAAUUAUUGGAAUACAUAUGUUUCUUAAGUUUUAUAUGCAUAGAAAGGUAAAAUAUAUACUAAGACAAACGUUUGACUAACUGAUGCUAAAUAAUACUGGAUGUACUUGUUCCGACUUCCGUACAAAUCCGACUUAAAGACAGUCUCAAGAAUGGAACUCGUACAUAACCCAGGGACUGCCUGUAUAUAAAAAAAAUCAUCAUUUUGUUGUUUUUAUACUUUAUUGAUAAAACUAAAGAUCCCAUUUGUCUUAACAGAGUACUAAUCUUGUUUUAUCCAUUUCAAAAAUCAGUGUCUGUAUGUGUUUCUACUAAUGCAUUUCCUUUUAAAUUUUUCAUUUUUUUUAUUACCUUUCCUCAUUCUUUGAACAAAAUGGAUCACUUCUCAGUAUGAAGUUUCAACUCCCCACAUGUACUCCAUAAACUUUAGAACUCUUAUUACUUACCUGUUUGUUACUGGAGAAAUUAAGCAGAACAGUCACUUGGACCUAAUGGCCAGUAUUCUUAUGUUCCAAAAUGAAAGUUCAAGUAAAAGUGGGUACAUUGACCAUCAAGAACUCUUUAGACUGUGAAAUAGCCAAGAAGAAUUGGUGGAGAUGGAAGUGCAAGCAGGGUAUCAUAGAUGGAGUGGCUUCUUUGGAAUUCUGAAUGGGUGGGGAAAUAUGUCUAGUGGUGGCAACACUUUGAAAGUGAAGUGAAUUACAGGAUGUGGAUACUGAUCAGGUGGAAGGUAAGGGUAGGGGGACGCCAAGGUAAGGACUAUAGGAAAUGAAGCAAGGAAUGUGAGAGCCAUAAGUUUUGGUGGAAAGGAAACAAUAGGAGAAACAUUUUGGAGGCAGUGGUAUCGAAGAUGUAUCAGAAUGGAUAAACUGGGAGAAGAAUGGUUACCUUUGAGAAAGCCACUGGGGUCCUUGGGCUUCUGUUGGAUAUUGUUUGCUAAUCUAUUCCAUGCAAUAGAGAUUGAGAGAAGAAGGGAAGGGAAGGUGUGAAAUGUAUCCAGCGAAAAAGGUAAAUAUUUAAUUUGUGCAUGAGGCAAGACAAUCAUAUCAAUCCUUCAACACACAAAAUGCUGGUGGAACACAGCAGGCCAGGCAGCAUCUAUAGGAGGAAGCACUGUCGAUGUUUCAGGCCAAGACCCUUCAUCUUUGAAAAAUGCAAAGGGCCCUUAGGCCAUCUUGAUGUGAGAUAAAGAUGUAGAGGGAUUGAACAUCCAAAGUGAAACUUAGCUGGAUAGCACCAAGAUCCUCACUUGUCUAUCAGUGAAACCAUCAGAGGAGUUACUGAUAGACAUGGAGAGAAACUGGACCAUGGGAAAAAGAAUAAAGGCAAGGGGGUGUGUGAGACAGGGAUAGACUGAAAUAUUGAAUGUCUUUGUUUAUUUUGCAAUGGUAACUAGAGCUUUCAGUUGCUUGCCAUUUUAAUUCACCCUCUCAUUCUCUCUCUGAUCUUGCCAUCUUUGGUUGUUCGCACUGUUCUGACAUGAGAGGAUAUUUCCUAUAGUGGGAGAUUGUAGGACCAGAGGUCACAUCCUCAGAAUAGACUGAUGUCCAUUUUAAACAGAUGAGGAAUUUCUUUAUCCAGAGCGUGGUGAAUCUAUGGAAUUUGUUGCCACAUGCAGUUGUGGAAGCCAAGUCAUUGAAUUUAUUUAAGGUGGAGGUUGAUAGGAUCUUGAUUAGUCAGGCCAUGAAAGGUUACAGGGAGAAGGCAGGAGAAUGGGGUUGACAGGGAAAAUGGGUCAGCCAUGAUGAAAUGGUAGAACAGCCUCAAUGAGCCAAAUGACCUAAUUCCACUCCUAUGUCUCAUGGUCUUAAAAGACAAACACAGCUCUGAGACCCAACCAAUCCACCCUUCUGACCGGCACAUUACUUCCCUCAGGACGACUUUAAAUUCAACAUUUUCAGAUAUGUAGCCUUUCCAGUUUACGUCAGGACUGGCUGUGACUUCAAUUAUUAACUGUAUUUCUCUUUCUGCGUUGCCUGACAUGGCCAGCUUUUCUGGCCUCUGUUGUUUUUAUUUUGGAUCUACAAUGUUUUCUGUUUGGCAUGUCCAUUUUGUAACUCUCAUUUCCAGUUGUGAUUUUUUUCCUCGUCAUUCUCUGCUUCUAUUUGUCUCCUUUUUGCAUCUCAAGGCAGAUACCUGUAGUUAAUCAACUUUCAGCUAUCAUCUUCACAACUUGUCAAAGUUCAAGUAAAUUUAUUAUUGAAGUAUGUAUGUUCAGUGGCCACUUUGUUAGGUGCAGGAUUGGAACCCAGUAUGGUCUACUGCUUCUGUAACCCUGUCCACUUCAGGUUUCGACGUGUUGUGCAUUCAGAGUUGCUAGUCUGCACACCACUGUUGUAAAGCAUGGUUAAUUAAGUUACUGUCACCUUCCUUUCAGUUUUAACUAGUAUGGCUAUUCUAUCUCAUUAAAAAAGUGUUUUGCCCACAGAACUGGAUUUAUUUUUUGUUUUUCAAAUAAUUCCCUGUUAACUUCAGAGAAUUGUGAGUGAAAAUCCAAGGAGAUCAACAGUUUUUGAAAUACUCGACUAAUGCUCAAACUCUGGCACAAUCAUUCCACAGUCAAUAUGACAGAUCGCAUUUCUUCUGCAUUCUGAUGUUUAGUCUGAACAACUGAACCUUUUGACUAUGUCUACAUACUUCUAUGCCACAUGAUUGAUUGCUAUUUGCGUUAAUGAAAAGGUGUACAAGUGUACCUAAUGAAGUGACACUGAGUGUAUACUAUCUUUAGAUUCAUUUUCUUGAAGGCAAUUACAGAAAAAAUAAAUACAAUAGACUUUUACAUAAAGCUAUACAUAAACAAAACUAACAAUGUGCAGAAGAAGACAAAGUGCAGGGGAACAAAUAAUACUGAAAUCAUGUUGUAAAGAGUCCUUGAAAGUGAGUCUGUAGGUUGUGGAACCAGUUCAGAGUAGCUGUGAUUGAAGUUAUCCAUGCUGGUUCAGGCGUCGGAUGGUUGAAGGAUAAUAAUUGCUUCUGAACCUGGUUAUGUGCACCUUCUGCCCGAUGGUAGAAUGUACUGUGAUGGACUGGAUGGUAUCCACCACUUUCUGUAGACUUUCCAUUCCUGGGCAUUGGUGUUUCCAUAUAAGGCCCUGAUACAACCAGUUAGGAUACUCUCCACUUUUCACAUAGAAGUUUGUCAAAGGUUUUGAUGACAUGCUGAAUCUAUACAAAAUUCAAAGAAAGUAGAGGCACUGUCCUGACUUCUUUGUGAUGACACUUGUGAUUCCCUGCAUAUGUUAACGCCAAGGAAUUUAAAACUACUGACCCUCUCCACCUCCGUUCACCUAAUAAUGACUGGCUGAUGGGCCUCCAGCUGCUUCCUCUUGUAAUUGUUAAUCAUCCCUUUGGUUUUUCUGAUGUUGAGUGAGAGUCAUUUAGGGUUUCAGUUUUCACUCCAACCUGUUGAGUAUUUUUAGUAUUUCCUGUUU